CACACUGACGUUGUGGAUCCUGCAGACACAAUUUUGUAUGGUCCAUCAACUUCAAACCAAUUUCAAAAGUCAGUUAAGAUGGCUUAAAGAUCAAGGGCAUUAUGACCCACAUGAUGAUAUUGACAGGAAGCUUCUUUCUUUUAUUAUGGUUCCUGUGGUUCAGAGAGAGCUAGAUACAUUCAAGGAGAUGGUGUGGAAUUCCCACAGGAUCAGAGCCCAGAAGGACACAGUUUUACCAGAUGGGGUCCCAAACCAUAUUUACAGUUUUCCUCAGAAAUAUGGGCUUGAAGAA